AUGACUGUCAUUGCUCAGAUUGAUAACCAGCCGUAUAUCAAUGAGAUCAUGGGUGGCCCAGUGACAGCUCCUAGAAAGCAAACCAAGCGUCUUCGUCAGGCAAAGCAGAAGUCGGUGACAUUCACAGGAUGCUGGACCUGCAGGUCUCGGAAGGUCAAAUGCGAUGAGCGCCAGAAAAAUGGAUGUGGAGUCUGCCAGAAAUCCGGCCUGGAAUGCGCCGGCUACGGCGUGAAUCUGUGCUGGAUGACAGAUAAGAAGCGAGAUUUUCAAGGCCUAAGACGCAGACAGAUGAGACUAGAACGAUCUACUUCUCCUAGCAUUUCGGAUGACGAGAUCAACCGAAUUAUCUCUUCUCUUGACAAAAUUUCAACGCCAUCGCGCACCGUCAGUAUAGGACCCUUUGCAAUAUUCUCCAAAUGGGAACCUGGCGACAAUGAAUAUCUCGAACCCCGCGCUUCAUUGGAUGAAACUCAUCAGACCCAGGACUGUACUUCUGAGAUCACUCCUAGUCAAUUCGACCCAAUCGAUUUGUCUAGCGAAAUUUUUGAAAUAAUUCCGAAUGAUAAUGUCAUUCCUAAUGCAGCAAUCCGCGAAACGGAUUUCUCCUCAAACUGGGAAUCCGUGAUAGCCAUGAUGGAUACACCAAAUUCUCCAACUUUAUCAUACUCAAGACAAAGGUCGCUCACAAUAUAUCCAUCACCGCAUAUCGAGCUUUCAAUCCCUCUAUUCAAAGACCACAAAAUAUCCACGCUCAUGUAUCACUACAAAAAUCAUGUCGCCGAGCUCCUACAACCAGUCUUCCACCCAAGGAACCCUUGGCGCACAACAUAUCUCCCAUUCGCUCUCGAGGGCUGCCCUGACUUAUGCCUUGUUCAAAAUGCGGCGCCUUCCUCGGGUGUCUCAAUCUCACUAUUCCACAGUAUAUUAUCAUCGGCUGCAUUCCACCUCCGGAACGUCAUGGGUGGCUCAAGAGAAUACCACAACCUUGGUCUCCAGCACCGGGCCAAAGCUUUACGGGCACUCAAGUUUGCACUCGUAGCACCCAAUAACUCCCAGCAAUAUACCGUCUACCUCACGGCAAUGCUCUCCUUAGUUACGAUUGAUACCAUGACGGGAGAAGAUUCGGAUUUCCCAAUCCACCUGAAGGGUUGUCGCCAGCUGCAAAGACCUGAGCAUGUCUCCGGUGCGCUGGAUGACUCCAGUCGGCAGGUUAGCAGUAUUUGCCAUUUUCUAAGUCUUCUGGCUCGAACGACAGCACACGAGCUAGAACCUAGGCCCUGGACAGCAGAAGGUCCAUUCUUUGAACAGCCUUACUUCCACGACGACGACACAAACAUCCAAUACAUGUAUGGGAUCACCUCAUAUCUGGGAAAUCUGUUACAAAAGGCAUGCCAGGUGGCCGAGUAUCUCGCCUUCUACCAGGAUAGCGAAAUGCCAACGAUUCUGCUCGAGGCAUGUUCGGCAUUGCACGAUGAAAUAUUUUCGUGGGAUAUAGACUCCGAGUCUUUCCAUCUCAUUGCACUGGAGAAGCCAAUGAUGCUUGAGAUAGUACGUUUCCAGGCCCUAGCAUUUCAUAGUGCGAUCGCAAUAUUUUAUUAUCGAGCAAUAGAGAACUCCAGCCCGGUGGACCUACAGCAGCGGGUACAAGCAAUCUGGAAGAACCUUUCGCUGGCAGAAGACCUCAAAGACGUAUACUCAUGUGGCGAAAAACGCGCAGCUCCUAUGUCCUGGCCAGCAUUUAUCGCUGCGUGUGAGGCAACUGAUCGACAGCCUUGGGUUGAAUGGUGGGAGCGAGUCCAGGGAUACUCAAUGGGCAAUUUCAAAAGGCAAUGGAAAGUUAUACAGGAAAUUUGGAGUAUCAUGAAUUCAGACGAGAAUGUGGUUAACUGGAGAGAUGCCCUCAAACAAUCAGGCAAGUUAGUUUUGCCCAUUUGA